AUGAAGACCAUCUUCAUCAACGGCCGCAUAUUCUCUCCCUCAAACAACCUAACCGCAGACAAUGCAUUUGCGGAAUCAAUGAUCAUCGAAGACGAUCAAAUAGUCUAUGUCGGCCCACGGAAGCAGGCUCCCUCUGCAGACAAAAUAAUCGAUCUGAAGAGUCGCCUAGUGACCCCCGGCUUCAUCGACGGCCAUGUGCACAUUCUCAACUUUGGUCUGUCCUUGGGCAAGCUCGACUUGAUGGAAUGUACAUGCCUAGAGGACAUACAGAUAGCAAUCAAAUCCUUUGCAGCGAGUCACCCUGACCUUCCUCGCCUUCUCUGCCGAGGAUGGAUUCAAUCGACAAUCAGUGGGAUCGCUCUGGCAAGUAUGCUGGAUGAUUUGGAUCCACGGCCGAUCCACAUUGAAUCCCUAGAUCUACAUUCAGUCUGGUGCAAUUCAGCCGCCCUGGAAGAAAUGGGUAUCUACACUGCAUCUGAUCCACCUGGCGGAACGAUUCACCGCGACGAGACCGGAAGGCCAUCAGGUCUCCUGAGCGAAAGUGCCGUUGUCGACAUCGUCUGGCCGUUUCUCGCUAACAUCAGCACUCAAGAGGAAAAGCUACAGGCCCUUGGCCAAGCUUUUACGGCAUACACAAAAGCCGGAUACACCGGCCUCGUCGAUAUGGCCAUGGACGAACCCACCUGGGACGUUCUCCAGCUCUACCGACAACGCAACAAUCCACCCCUGCACGUCGCCGCAUACUGGCUCGUCCCCUUCUCCGAGAACCAAGAAACCAACUUCCACUACGUCGAUCGCGCGAUCCAGCUGCACGCCGAGAUCAGCCCCACCAACUCACCCGAUUUCUGCAUCAUGGGCAUAAAGCUCAUCUGCGAUGGCGUCGUAGACGGCUGCACAGCAGCCCUGAGCCAACCCUACGGCAACCUUACUAACUCCGUCGAGCCGAUCUGGCCCGCGGAUAUGCUCAAAGCCGUCGUCCAACGCGCCGACCAAGCUGGCCUGCAAUGCGCCAUCCACGCCAUCGGCGACAAAGCCGUGAAGCAGGCUAUAGACAUCCUAGCGGAAGUAGGCACGCCCGGCCGGCGCCACCGCAUUGAGCAUCUGGAGCUCACUUCCUCAGAAGAUGCAAGACGGUUGGGCGAGUUGGGAAUAAUUGCAUCAGUGCAGCCGGUGCACUCGGAUCCGGUUUUGUUCCGUGCGUGGCCGGGGUUGAUUGGCGGCGACCGGUGCCAGAGGGCCUUUGCGUAUAGGGAGUUUGUGGAUGGAGGGGCGAGGCUUGCGAUCGGCACGGAUGCGCCUACGGCGGCGCAUUUGCCGUUGCCGAAUCUGUAUAAUGCGACUACACGGCGGUCAGCGUUGGAUCCGGGGGACUCAGCCGUUACGAAUGCGCGUUUUGGAUUAGGGCUGGCGGAGGCUGUCACGGCUGCGACGGAGGGGGCGGCGUAUGCGAGGUUUGCAGAGGGAUGGACAGGUUGCUUAAGGGAAGGGCAUAGAGCGGAUUUUGUGGUGUUGGAUAUGCGGUGGGAAGCAGAAGGGUUGCUUGAGGGCAAGGUGUGCGAGACUUGGUUUGAAGGGAAGAGGGUAUACAGUGUAGACAGAUGA